UAUAUAUAUCAUGCUCAAUGACUGACUUGAAGUGAUAAAACUAAAAUGGCCAAGAAUAUCAUCAUCUUCAUGAUAUUCUUCACUCUUUUGUAUGCGGCCGGAACAGCUAAUUCCUCCGCAGCUACCACGACGACUACUACUACUACUACGAGCUUUAUCCGGGCGUCGUGUGAAGUGACAACAUACAAGGCGGUGUGCGUGCAGUCCCUGGUGGGAUACGCGAGUGCAAUCCAGCGGAGCCAGCGGCAGUUGGCCCACACGGCUCUGGCGGUGAGCUUGGAGCGGGCGCAGGCGAGCAGGACUCUGAUGAGCAAGAUGACAAAGUUGAGGGGUCUGAAGCCGAUGGAGCAUCAGGCCAUCCGCGACUGUAUGGAGGAGAUGGGGGACAGUGUGGACCGGAUAAGGCAAUCGGUUCAGGAGCUGAAGAUAACAUUAAUAAUGGCGCAGGAAGGGAAGAAGAAGAAUAAGAAGGAGUUGUUGUGGCACCUGAGCAACGUGCAGACGUGGGUUAGCACGGCUUUAACUGACGAGUCGACUUGUAUGGACGGGGUCUCCGACAGGGGAUUUAACCCCAGGAUUAAGGCAGAGAUUAGAAACAGAGUAACAAAUCUUGCUCAGGUCACUAGUAAUGCCUUAGCCCUCAUUAAUCACUUUUCUACUCUUCUUUAGUCCCCUCCUCCUCCUCUCCUCUUCCUCUCUUAAUUUUUAUGUAGCCCCCUCCCCUUCGUCCGAUUGAUCUUAUUCUACUUCCUAGUAGUAACAAAUAAUUUGAAAUUUUCUUUUCUUU